AGGCGGCAUACCCAUGUCCACGGACGGAUGGAGUUCGGCGCACAACGAAGACGUGAGCGGAAGCGGCGAGCUCGAGGGCUUGUCGGACGAUGGAACCGCAGCCCACGACGACGACGACGACAAUGACGACGGCAGCAUGCCCGACGUGUUUGAAGAGUUUCACCAUAAAUCCUCCCAACGUAUCCGUGUGCUGCUUCGUCAGACAGAAGACAAGAUGCAUCAAACGUAUAUCGAGGCGACAACAUCGCGCUCUGACACCGACUGCUUUGGGCAAUGGGCGCUUUCUUCGUGCUACCUUCGGGUCCAAGGUCAUAAUGGACUCGACGCCUCCGCCGCGUCCGCUCCACCUCCCCUUCCAACCAGCAUUCGUCCUAUCGCUGUCGUCAGCUCCAGUCGCCUUCGACCUGCCAUGUCCAUGCAAGACUUCAGUGGUCAACCAUCGAUGAUGGAAGUCCGCGGUAUUUCCAUUCAACGCUGUUACCAUACACCAACAUUCGUGUCCGACGAAGAAGUAUUUGCCACCCACGGCAUCUUGGACGAACCCAUAUGCCAGCACAUGCACCACCCGCCCAGCUCAACCCAACAAACAUUGGACGAGAAUAAAUCCACAUUUGCUUCGUCGGGGGCGUCAGACGACGACGAAGGAAUUGACCUUGUGGCACCGAAACCAUGUUUGGUACAGCAGCUGCACGACGCCAUGGUCGACCGCCUUUGGAAACAUGUGAUGCCGUUGCACCUCCAGCCACUGUUGCGACACGUGUUAUGGCCAUUUUCAGCCCCGCAUCCGAUGCAAACGCGCACAUCGCGGGUCAUUUACGCGUCAGAAUCCACAGCAACUUCUACAUCGUUGGAGGAUCCCCCGCCCCCCUCGUCGUCGUCGGCUUCGCGGUUGAAACUGGUCUUACCACGCUAUAGAAACCUAACAAACCAAUUUAUCCCGGUUUUGGCCUCUCGAGAUAUUCACCGCGGCAUCAAACGAGUAACGAUUCGACCCCCGAGACACAAAGGACAGCAGCCGUCGAUGCUGUCGUCGCUGCGACCCAAAGCAGCACCACGCAACACUGCGCAACCUUACGAUAACUCGACCGUCGCAACACCUAAAACGACUGCAACAGUGUCACUGCCAAAGCUACGAGGAGCCAUAUGUCGAAAUAGUAGCCAUACCUAACGAAUGUAUUCGUAGAAUUAGUGACUACGAAAUGGAAACCGGUG